AUGGAUCUGCAGACCACCAGCUCGCUGGUAAAGUGCCGGGUAUUCCCCGCAACCUUGGGCGACGUCCCGCGCGCCUGGCUCAGAAGCCUCCCGUCUCGCAGCAUUGGCAGUUGGGAAGAAUGCCAGCAGAAGUUCCUCGGGCAGUACAAGGCUCUGAGACGACAGCUCGCCCCGACGUGUCACCUCGCCACGGUCUUCCAAAGGUCGGGCGAGUCCCUCAAAGAUUACAUCGCCAAGUUCCGGCGCGAGGUGAGUAACGUCGAAAGUCCCUCGGAUGAAAGUAUCCUGACGGCCAUCUCGGCAGGUCUCAGGAAAGACGGGAAGCUCUACGAGAGCAUCUAUAAAUCCCCCGUUGCGGAUCUGGGAGAGUUCUAUGAACGAGCUGCAAAGGAGAUCCGGUGGGAAGAAGCGUUCGGUUCGAAGAAGCCCGCCGGACAUAGAGAGGAAGUCGGAAGCUCUAACCGAGACAAGAAAAGGAACGACGGGGGAAACAGUAAAGACAACCGAGGGGAGCGGUCUGACAAUCAGGUAGCCAAGCGAGCUCGGCGGGAAGAACAAGAGGACCGACCUCCGAGACAAGGCCGUUUCAACAACUAUACGGCCUUAUCAGAUUCUCAAGAAAGGAUCUUCGCCAUGGAAAGGAGAAGAGAGGAUUUCGGCAGGCCAAACCCGAUAAAGACUCCCAACAAGUUCAGAAAUAGGGAGAAGUUUUGUGCGUAUCACAACGAAGUGGGGCACGACACCUCUGAAUGUUACGCUUUGAAGGAUGCAAUUGAAGAACUGAUUCGAAGGGGCCGGCUGCAAGACUAUGUGGUGCGACUUGCAAAUCAGCCACCCCAGCAAGCGAAUCAACAACGACCGCCUCCCGAGAAUGAACGCGCACCAGCAGUUCGGACGAUCUAUACGAUCCACGACGGUCCUCACAUCGCAGGCACAUCGAACAGGUCGCACGAAAGGUACGUACGCGAGGCUAAUCAUGUCCUAGUGGCAGGAUCUGGCGGGCAGACGGGAUCAUCAAAGCGAGCUAGGAUGGCAGUGAAAGAAAUCACUUUCUCCGAGGAGGACGCCAGAGAUAUACACUGGCCGCACAAUGACGCCCUCGUCAUUCGCGCUCACAUCGGCAACAUGGAGGUGCGAAGAAUAAUGGUGGACACCGGCAGCUCGGUGAACGUGAUGUACAGGGCCUGUUUCGACCAGAUGGGACUCGGGCCCGAACAGUUGGGCCCAUCCCCAGAGCCACUUUUCGGGUUCACGGGAGAUGCAGUUGUCCCCAUGGGACGAGUUAAACUCCCAUUCACAAUUGGGAGCGAAGGUCGUGAAGCCACAACACUUGCGGAGUUUCUGAUCAUUGACUGCCCUUCAGCAUACAACGUCGUGCUCGGGAGGCCGGUGAUGAACGAGCUGGAUAUGGUCACCUCGACCAGAGCGUUGACCAUCAAGUUUCCAACCACCAACGGAACUGGAUGCGUGCAGGGAGAGCAGCACCUCGCAAGGCGUUGCUACGAGGACGCGGUCAAGAUGGGGGCCAGAGGAAAGAAAGUAAAUGUGGUCACAGAGGGAGCACAGCGACCUUCAAGUCGGAGCGGGGUGAGUUACGACCUGGAUCCCAGAGAAGUGGAUUGCGACAAGGCCACCAGCCCGGUGGAAGAACUUGAAGAGGUCCCGAUCAGCGAGGUGGACUCUGAAAGAUGCCUGAAGCUCGGGAAGAACCUGGCCCCCGAGGUAAAAUGCCAACUUAUUAAAUUCCUUAAGACUAACCUAGAUGUAUUUGCGUGGAAUCACGAAGACAUGGUGGGGAUAGCACCGGAGGUUAUGUCGCACAGACUCAACAUAGACCCCAGCUACAAGCCGGUGCGCCAGAAGAGGAGACCAAUGACUCCAGAACGCUACGCCGCCCUUAAAGAGGAGGUGGAUAAGCUCCUGGCUAAUGGGUUUAUCAGAGAGGCUCACUACCCAGUCUGGGUAGCCAACCCAGUGCUGGUAAAAAAGAAGAACGGGAAGUGGAGGACCUGCGUCGACUUCACCAACUUAAAUAAAGCCUGCCCGAAGGACAGCUUCCCCCUCCCAAGAAUUGACCAGCUCGUGGAUGCAACAGCGGGGCAUCAGCUCCUCAGUUUCAUGGACGCCUACUCAGGAUACAACCAGAUCCCCAUGAAUCCUAACGAGGAGGAACACACGUCGUUUAUCACCGAUCGCGGGCUAUACUGUUAUAAGGUCAUGCCGUUCGGGUUGAAGAACGCUGGGGCGACUUACCAGAGACUUGUGAACAUGAUGUUCGAAGCACAGAUUGGGAAAACAAUGGAGGUAUACGUUGACGAUAUGCUGGUUAAGUCUGAGCAGGUCGCAGAUCAUGUUCGUAAUUUGGAAGAAACAUUCAAGAUCCUCAGGAGCUACAAUAUGAAGCUGAACCCACUAAAAUGUGCAUUUGGGGUGGCUUCCGGGAGGUUCUUGGGAUUCAUGGUCAACAGCAGAGGUAUCGAGGCCAAUCCAGAAAAGAUAAAGGCCCUUUUGGAUAUGAGAUCGCCUGUAAGAAUGAAGGACGUGCAGAGCCUUACCGGCCAGGUCGCUGCACUAAGCCGAUUUAUCUCCAAGGCAACCGACAAAUGCAUCCCUUUCUUCAAUACGUUGCGAAAAGCCCAAGGUUUCAGUUGGAGUGAGGAGUGCGAGCUCGCCUUCCAACAGCUGAAGGAGUAUAUGGGGCAAGCUCCGCUGCUUUCAAAACCCCGAGAUGGGGAAAAACUGGUGAUCUACCUAGGAGUGUCGGCGCACGCUCUCAGCGCAGCCUUAGUUCGGGAGGAAGAAGGGGUGCAAUACCCCGUUUAUUAUAUUAGCAAGAGGUUGGUGGACGCAGAAACGAGGUACACAUCGAUGGAGAAGCUCGCAUACUGCUUGGUCAUAGCAUCGAGGAAAUUACGUCCUUAUUUCCAGGCCCAUCAGAUCGAUGUUCUAACUAAGUACCCCUUGAGGCAGAUUUUGCAGAAGCCAGACACAUCGGGCCGCCUGCUGAAAUGGGCAAUUGAGCUCGCUCAGUUCGACUUGGAAUACAAACCAAGAGUGGCAAUCAAGGGGCAGGCACUGGCGGAUUUUAUCGCUGAGUUCACUGAAACGACCCGAGUAGAAGGAGAGACCCAGGAAGGACCGUCCUGGGAGUUGUACGUUGACGGGUCGUCGAGCGAGCAAGGAGCUGGGGCAGGAGUUAUGCUAAUAAGCCUGGUGGAUAUCUAA